CUCACUUAUUACAGACUCUAUUUUUUUAACGGUGUUUACAAAGAGACUCAGACUCAGACUCUGACUCAAAUCAUUGAGACUGAGUCUGAAAACGUGAGUCUACUACGUAGCUGUCUCACGUGAAGUAAAUCUCAACUGUCAUGGCGGACAGACAACUUGACAGAUAUUACCGGUAUCGUAGAUUUAGGUUGCCUCGUCGACCGCGUGUAUUUACCGACAGAAACAACCCUUUAGAGAUUUUAGAUGUAGAGAGUGUCCGGAAAAGAUAUAGAUUUUUUCCGGACUCAAUCAUGAUAUUAGUUGGAAUCGUGGAGCCAACGAUCGGCACAGCGACGAUGAGGAGCAACCCGCUCCCCCCUCUCCUGACGGUAUUGUGCUGCCUUCAGUUUUUUGCAACCGGAGCGCAUCACAUCGUAAUUGCACAGGCUCAUGGCGUGUCCAGGUCGGCUGUCGGCAAGGCAAUUCAUGCCGUAUCUGUUAUCCUUGCAGGACUGUUAAACAGAUACGUUAAAUUUCCAACGGGGUUGGAAAUUGAAAGUGUAAAACGAAAGUUUUACAGUGUCGCCGGUUUCCCAAAUGUAGUUGGAGCAGUUGAUGGCACUCAUGUCAAGAUACAGGCACCACCAGACAACGAGGCAGAUUAUGUGAAUAGAAAGGGCUAUCAUUCCCUGAAUGUACAGAUGGUAUGUGAUGCAAAUUACAGGAUAACUGAUGUUAUUGCUAAAUGGCCGGGAUCUGUGCAUGACAGUCGAAUGUUCUCGGAGGGGAUCUUGUGCCAGAAGUUGGAGACUGGACAAAUUGAUGGACUGCUGCUUGGGGACAGUGGGUACCCAUGUCGAAAAUACCUCAUGACGCCCUAUGCGAAUCCUAGAAAUCUGUCGGAGGAAAGAUUCAACACAGCUUUGUGCCGCACCAGAGUGCUCAUAGAACAAACAUUUGGAAUGCUGAAGAGGCGCUUCGCAGUACUGAAAUACGGAAUAAGAACGACACCAGACAGAGCGGCUGUUUAUGUUGCCUCAUGUGCAAUGUUGCACAACUUUGGUUUUGAGUAUGGAGAUGUGUAUGGACGCCAAACAUACGAGGAUGAUGACAUGCCACAAGUGGACAACCAAGGUGUUGAUGUUAAUGGGCGGACCCAAAGGGAUUAUAUUACCCAAAGGCACUUUGCUGUUUGAACAAUCACCCUGUCAAUCAUUUGUCAUUGUUGUACGUGUAUAUUUUCAUAUUUCAGUUAAACAGUUACUAACUAUUUAAGAAAUAAGCAGAAAACAUCUAAUUUUUAUAAACUUAAAUAUAAGAUUCUGCGAUCUAAUUUUUGUCAGCAUUCUUACAUAACUUGUUUCCAUGGAUUUUCAAAAAUUGGCUCGUUACAAGAUAAAAAAUAAUAGUUUUCAAAACGUUCAAUCUGUGAGAGUGCAGCUUUAAUAUCUUUGAUAAUACCAAUUAUUGAAUGUAAUAUGCAAGGCUACUUAACAGGGAUAUGCAUUGAAGACAACAGGUUCCUUUAAGACAUUAACUGGCUAUAUUUAUCUAUAGAUGAAUUGUAAAAAAAACAAAAACUUUUAUACUUUAUGUAGCUGUAAGUCCAUGUUUAACAUGUUUAACAAUAGGAGAAACUACAUAAAACAUGUGCUAUACAUUUAAUGGCAAAAGUCUAUUGAAAAUCUAUCAACGAUUGUAUUUCUUAUUCAUUAACACAUAAAUAAAUGUCAGUUUAACAAACAAUUCAUUAUAACUAUGUAACUUUACCAAAUGGAAGACUGAUAAUAACACAACAUUAACAAUCAGAUAUUACAGUAAAGUGAGGUUCCAUAAUGAAAUGAAAUGAAAAACAAUAUUAUACAAUUAUGUUAUCUGAAUUGUUACAGAUUGUUUUUGAUUUUUUAUGCUCUUUUGCAAUAGUUUAUAAGCAAUAAGGGAUAUUUUCAACUUCAUUUAAA